AUGACGCCCAUUUAUCCACAAGACAGGUCGGAUGCGUGGCAAAGCUUUGCUCAAGCAUGCGCUCAAGGCGCAAUCUACGACUCCAACGAACGACAGCCUCAUAUCAAAUGCCUUCCCGAUACACGAAUAGACCUCCAUCAACGACUCAAGACGAUGGCACAGGAUAAAGAGCGGUCGAUCAUCUGGUUGGUUGGGAAGGUAGAUUCAGGAAAGACGGCCGUGCUGCACACGCUAGCGGAUGAACUCCGCCAGGAAGACAGGCUUGCAGGCACAUUCUUCUUCUCAUCAGCACAUCCCAAGAGAAACUCAUUCGACUAUGUGUUCCCCACCCUUGCGUAUCAGCUCGCCAUUCAGCACCCUCGCGCACAGGAAGCCAUCACCAAAGCCAUCGCGACUGACCCCGCACUCCUCCUCGCGGAGAAGUCACGUCAGGACCAGCUAGAAAAGUUAUUCAUUCCUCCU